AUGAUUACAGCAAGUCAAGAGUUAGAUCAAUUAAGGAAGCAAUUAUCAACGCUGCAGAUGAAGCAUCAAACAUCUCACAUCAAUAGCAAACAGCCUGCCUCAUCAUCUGAAAGUGGUAUUAUUCUCAAACGGCAGAAGACUCGAGAGGUUGAAAAUGCUCAAAGAAAGCUCGUAAACACUAUCCUAUAUAUGCCGGUUCCCUCAAGCGUCACCAACCCUUCUAAAUUAUCAAGUUCAAUUUUUUUAGCAAAGAACACUAUGGCACAAGAGGUCUACCUAUCAGAAAUGGACCGCGUCAAUGCUAUGAAUGAAUCCUUUCAGGAUAUCUUUGGGUCCCUGGGUAACCUUAAUAACACCGAUGGGGCCGAAGUCAAUGCGCUUUUGUCAACCACAGCUCACGGACUGAAUCAGAAAGCCGCAUUGGCCAUUAUCGAAUACAAAAAUGAGGGGUCAAACGAACCUACUAUCCAAGGGAGCUUUGUCUACACAAGAUACUGA